AUGCUGUGGACAGAAGUCUGCCACAAAGCCAACGGCUAUGCGGGCAGUGCACGCAACCUCGACAAGGACCAGAAGACGGUGGUGGACACCUCGUGGUUCCAGUUUUUGAUCAAGCAAUUGAAGAAAAUGAGUGGCACUGCGGAUGCUUCUCAGCAAAGGUACGCUUACGAUUGGUAUGAGAUGGGCUUUUUCAUAUACGCUCUAUCCACUGGGGCCUCGGUGGCUUUCUGCAUCGACACUCCGCAAGUUUUCCAGAAUGGACUCCUCGAGGCACUGAACUCGGCGAACAGCGAUCCGCCAAAAGAGGCAAUGGCAUUCCCGCAGUGCGCAGUUAUCGCAGAGGUAUCGAGGCUGUAUGACGUCUCGAUCUGGACUCUAAGGGAUGAAGUCAGGAAGAUUGAACAGAUACGAUCGGCUGCUGGCUACAUCGACUCAAGCCUCAAUUUCACCGAAUUGCAUGAACUUGCUCGACACACCAUCCACACUUGCGAAGUGCUGGCUGUGGCCGUGGACACGCUCAUCACCCUGUUGGAUGACUACCGUUCAAGUUCAGGGAAGACCUGUGAAUGCCCAGUCGCUUCUGGGCUGUUGGAAAAGCCACACUGCCCCCACAACGAGAUGAAGUUUCGGCUUGGACUGCUCCAGAACUUUGGGCGACGAGCAAAGUCUUUGAACGAGAGACUGUCUAACGAGAUCAACCUGGGCCUCAACCUCGUGGUGCAACGGGACACUCGGAAGACGGUCGAGAUUAGCGAGAUGACGGUCGACAUCAGCAGCGCGGCGCGGAGCGAUAGUGCCUCGAUGAAAACGAUUGCCGUGGUCACGCUUGCGUUCCUGCCUGCCACAUUUGUCUGCACGAUCUUCAGCAUGAGCUUUUUCACCCUCAACGUGGACGACGACACGGGGGAGAAACACUGGUUGGUCUCGGACCGUUUCUGGAUUUACUGGGCUUUCACCGUGCCAUUGACGAUCUUGACCUUGGCCUGUUGGUGGCUCGGGCAACACAGGGAAGACAAGCGCAAGCGCGAACAGGAGAGACUGCACCGACAGGCAAGUCUGAAAUCGGCAGUGCCGUAG